AUGCUCGCCCUCCGAGGAUGUUCCUCGUCUUCGGCACCUUGGACUAAUCCGCUAAAAUAUGGCUGGAUCCGCCAUAAUUCGUCAUAUCCCGCUCACCAAUUCGCCGAGCUCGCCAGCCGCCCUUCCUCUUUACACCAGAUCUACCAAUCGCUAUCAACAGAUCCCUACGUGAACCUUUCGAUCGAGCACUUCCUACUAGAAAACGCCCCGACAGAGUCCACGGUUUUAUUUCUAUAUGCCAAUCGACCAUGUGUAGUCAUUGGUCGCAACCAGAACCCAUGGCUUGAGACAGAUCUCCGAGCACUUCAUAAUGACCGGAACGGCACGACCGGAGAAGACGAAGCUGCAGUAUUUGUGCGUCGGCGAUCAGGUGGCGGGGCUGUAUUUCACGAUGAAGGCAACCUGAAUUACAGCGUUAUAUGCCCGCGGACCUCGUUUACGCGCGACAAGCAUGCCGAGAUGGUGGUGCGCGCACUUCAUCAGGUCGGGGCUACCAACACUAGUGUCAAUGAACGGCAUGAUAUUGUCAUGGCCCGAGCAGAGGGAUUGGAAAAUGAUCCCAACGAGCCUCUGACACGCAAGAUCUCUGGAUCUGCGUUUAAGCUUACUCGACACCGAGCCCUCCAUCAUGGCACUUGCUUGCUCGAUUCCCCGAACAUUCAUGAUCUUGGCCGGUACCUGCGAUCAUCCGCCCGCCCGUAUAUCCAGGCUAAGGGUGUUGAAAGCGUUCGUUCUCCAGUCGGGAAUGUCUCGUCUGCGUUGGCCGACUCGUUCUUUUCGAUGCAGGGCGUGGUUCAGGGUGUGAUCGAGCAGUUUGCUCGGCUCUACGAGGUACAUCCGGAUGCUGUUCUCAGGGCACGGCGUGCUCAUGCCAAUGAACCUGAAGUCUUCGCUGGGGACUCUUGGGUUGCUGGUACAGUGGGAGAUGUACAAGGGGAGCAAGUGCCUACCAUUGGGAAAGGAAUUGCCGAGUUGCGGUCGUUGGAGUGGAAGUACACACAAACACCGCGGUUCACUUUCUCAACAUACCCGAUCGAGGAAGAUCCUCGUGAACGCCCGCCACUUCCCUCCUCACUUCCCUUUAGUACUCGUGCAUUCCUCCGUCUGCAGCAUGGCGCUAUUGUCGAAAGCCACAUAUCUGUCUCAUCUGACGACUCCAUCGCAUCCGAUCAAGCCAGCCGUGUCCAUUCCGCAUUGAACGGACAGAAACUGCACGAGAUUACCCUGGCCCGGUGGACCGAGAUCCUAAAACAGGGUCUUGGUGAGACCGAGGGAGUCGAUGAUGCUCUUGUGAAAGAGCUGGGCCGAUUCUUGGGGGGCCUAUUGGGUGGUUAG